ACUCCCACUUUCUAUAUCUAGGGCUCCCGGAAACCUCGGAGCUCCGACGACGAGCUUCGCCCUUCUCCUUCGUCCCCACGCCCUCGCCUCUAUGCGGACGCUCUGACCCCGUCCUCCUACUCCUCCACCGCCCCCUCCCCCUCGUGUUCGUCUUCGACCUAGCGAUCGCCAUUGAGAUCCACCUCCGAAGUUGCUCCUCCUCCUCCUCCUCCUCCUCCCUUUCUUCUUCGCCUUCGCCUUUGGAGAUCGAUCUCUGAGGUCGCUCCUCGUCGCCGCCCAUGUCGUGGCUCAAGAACGCGGUGAACAAGGCCGUCGAGGUCGGCGGGAGGAACAAUCUCACCCGCACCGUCAGGAACUAUGCGGACUCCGUCGUCCACCACGCCGGCCAGGCGGUCGCCGGCGGCGCCCGCAUAUUCCAGGACCGCAUGGGUAUUCGCAAUUAUAAAAGCUUCAAGCACACCUUGAAAAGAUUAGAAGAGGCUGCUGUUUCUUGCAGGGGAGAAGAGAGAGUUCAACUAUUAAGAAGAUGGUUGGUGGCCUUAAAAGAUGUUGAGAGGGCAUCAGGAGAUUCAGUAGAUGAGAAAACUUUAGAGCAGACUCAAUCUCAUGAUGAGCCCAAUACAUCUCCUCGAAAUGCUCCACUGGUUUUAUUUUUUGAUCCUGAUAUUGGAGGCGAGCCAAUGAAUUUCCGCGAUGUGUUCCUUUAUAGCCAAGCACUUGAAGGCAUCACAUUGUCCAUGAUUCUUGAAGCUCCUAAUGAAGAAGAAGUUACACUGCUGUUGGAAAUUUUCAGAUUGUGUCUUACAGGAGGCAAAGAAAUCCAUAAUGCGAUUAUGAGUAGCAUACAGGACUUGGCAAAAGCAUUCUCAGGUUACCAGGAUGAAGUCUUGGUGAAGCGUGAGGAACUACUUCAGUUUGCUCAAAGUGCCAUCUCUGGACUUAAAGUAAAUGCUGAUCUGGCAAGGUUAGAUGCAGAAGUCGUAAAACUGCAGCAACAACUAGAUGGAUCCAAAGAACUACGAGCUCCUGCUAAUGACAAUCAUGAUCAGACUUCUCUUUCCACCGUGGAGGUCCUGAAAUAUGCACUCAGUGAAGUCCGUCUAUGCUCUAGAAUGGAAUCGCUUAUAUUAAAGAAGAAAUCCAUAAGUAGUGGGGAUUCCAUAGAUAUCCAUUCUCAAAAGGUUGAUAAGCUGAAGGUUUUAGCGGAAUCUCUCGCUGUUUCUUCUUCAAAAGCAGAAAAACGAAUUUUGGACCACAGGCAUCAAAAAGAAGAGGCUCUGAACUUCCGUGUAGCAAAAGCCAAUGAAGUUAGUGGGAUUGAGAAGGAAUUGGUUGCUGAGAUUGCUGCAUUGGAGAAGCAAAGAGAUGAGCUUGCGGCGGAGCUAAAGAAGGUCAAUACUUCUUUGGCCGCAGCUGUUGGACGGCUUAACAAAACAAGAGAGGAACGAGAUCAAUUCGAUGAAGCAAGCAAUCAGAUUGUUUUACAUUUGAAAACAAAGGAGGAUGAGCUCUCAAGGUCUAUUGCAUCCUGUAAAGUAGAAGGUGAAAUUGUUAAUACGUGGAUCAACUUUCUGGAGGAUACAUGGAAGCUCCAGUCUUCUUACACUGAACGCGAGGAAAAGCAAGCCAAUGAUGAACUUGAGAGAUGUGCGAACUAUUUUACCAAGUUGAUAAAGCAUCACCUUUCUUCAUGCAAGGAUGUGCUAAGCCCUUCAAUUGAACGGAUCAGAACUUUUGUGGAUAAUCUAAAAAUAUUCAGUGAAAGACCAUCUGAAAUGCCGGAGGAUGAAGGUAAUGAAACAUAUAAAGAAUCAAACCCUAGGAAAUAUCUCGAGGAGGAAUAUUUGGAAGUCGAGAAAAAGAUCAUAGCUGCAUUCAGUGUGGUUGGUCACAUGAAGGCGCUCUUUUACUCCGAAGAAGGGAACAAUAAUAGGCGAGACGACCCCGAGAUCAAAAAUAUAUUUGCUGACAUUGAGAAAUUACGAGAAGAAUUCGAAGCGAUCGAACGCCCGACGCUGGAAAUUGAGAUCCCUAAAGAUAAGAUGACCCCCGAAGAGAGACUAAAUCGGAGUUCGUCUCAUACAGAAAGAAACCCUACUUCGCCGAAACCUGCGGGAACAGGCUCUCCGAAGUCAACUUCCGCGGCAGCAGAAGAACAGCAGUUUGAUCCGGAAUCCGAGCUCGCGAAGCUGGAAAUGGAGUUUGGGAAAGUAGGCAAGGAGUAUUCAGGUGAUGAGAUCAGUGGAUGGGAGUUUGAUGAACUUGAAGAGGAGCUCAGGUCUAGCACCACCACUGAAUCAAAAUAGAAGUACGAAUAGGAUUGGCAAUGGUAGGGUUUCUUCACCUCUCAUCCUAUAUGUAAUAGAGUCCAACAUUAAAGAAGAACAAAAAAUGUUUCUUUUUAAUACAUGGGGCUAUGAUACUGUAAAUUACUCAAUAAAUUUUUCUGUUUCUUUUCCAAUAAAGGGGAUUAGUUUGUAUAAUCAUUGAAUUCUAGAACAGUAAUUUUCCUCUGCAAAA